GGUGUUCCCCAGGUUGGGGGUAUGUUCCCCAGUGUAGGGGGUGUUCCCCAGUGUGGGGGGGUGUUCCCCAGUGUGGGGGGUGUUCCCCAGUGUAGGGGGUUGUUCCCCAGUGUAGGGGGUUGUUCCCCAGGUUGGGGUUGUUCCCCAGUGUGGGGGGUGUUCCCCAGUGUAGGGGGGUGUUCCCCAGUGUAUAGGGGGUGUUCCCCAGCGUGGGGUCCCCUCCCGACGGGGUGUCCCCCCCAGAGCGCAGAGCUGGAGCCCGAGGACAGUGGGGGGCUGCACUCCCAGAAGCAGAAGAUUUCCUUUCUUGAGAACAACCUGGAGCAGCUUACAAAGGUUCACAAACAGCUGGUCCGUGACAAUGCAGACCUGCGCUGUGAGCUUCCGAAGCUGGAGAAGCGGCUGCGCGCUACGGCUGGGCGAGUGCAGGCCCUGGAAGGGGCGCUGAGGGCGGCCAAGGAGGGGGCCCGGCUCGACAAGCGCCGCUACCAGCAGGAGGUGGAGCGGAUCCGGGAGGCCGUCAGGGCACGGGGGGCACGCAGGGGGCCCGGAGCGCACAUCGCCAAGCCGGUCCGGCCCGGGCAGGUUCCGUCGCCCCCCGGGCUGAGCUACAGCAACAGCCUCUUCCAGGGGUACCCCGGGGGGGGGGCCCUGCCCGGACCACACCCACUCUUUGCCAGCGGCCCCCCCGCGCUGUCCAGCAGCCCCCCGGACUCCUUCCAGCAGCUCCACGUGGAUAACGGGAACCUGACGGCCUCGCUGGGGACCCUGGCGGUGGCGGCCGAGGUGGAGGGCGUGGCGCUGCGGGGGGAGGGGCAGCCGCACCUGUCCUUGGCCGCCGCCCACCUGGACCACCUGAACCGGCAGCUGCAGUUCGUGACCUACACCAACACCCAGUUCCACCCCGACACCGCUGACAUCGUGCAGUUCUCCACCGACGGUCACUCCGCCGCCUUCUCCAUCCGCAUCCGGCACCCGCCCACCCCCCGCCUGUACGGCCCGGCCGGGACCCCCGGGGACGGCGACGGGGACGGGGAGAGCGCCGGGGACAGCGCCGGGGACGGGGGGUACAACAUCUCUGCGCUGGUGACCGUGGCCACCAAGACGUUCCUGCGCUACGACAAACUGCGCGGGCUGAUCGCCAGCAUCCGCCGCUUCUACCCCUCCGUCACCAUCGUGGUGGCCGACGACAGCCAGCGCCCCGAGCCCCUGUCCGGGCCGCACCUCGAGCACUACCUCAUGCCCUUCGGCAAGGGCUGGUUCGCCGGGAGGAACCUGGCGGUGUCGCAGGUCACCACCAAGUACGUGCUGUGGGUGGACGACGAUUUCAUCUUCACCCCCCGCACGCGGCUCGAGAAGCUCGUGGACGUGCUGGAGAGAACCAGCCUGGACCUGGUGGGGGGCGCGGUGCGGGAGAUCACGGGUUACACCACCACGUACCGGCAGCGGCUCAGCGUGCGGGGGGGCGGCGCGGGGGGCGACUGCCUGCGGACCCGGCCCGGCUUCCACCACCGCCUCGCCGGCUUCCCCGCCUGCGUCGUCACCGACGGCGUCGUCAACUUCUUCCUGGCCCGCACCGACAAGGUUCGCCAGGUGGGCUUCGACCCCCGCCUGCGCCGCGUGGCUCAUCUCGAGUUCUUCAUCGACGGGCUGGGGGUGCUGCACGUGGGCUCCUGCGAGGACGUGGUGGUGGACCACGUCAAGCUGGCGCUGCCCUGGCGGCGCUCGGAGGGCGAGCGCCAGUACAACCGGUACCGGUACCCGGCGGCGCGGGACGACACUGCGGCUCAACAGCGCCUCUUCUUCUUCAAGAACCGCUUCAAGUGCAUGGCCGGGGACUGACACGGCCACCGGCACGGCCACCGGCACGGCCACGGCACGGCAACCACCCCGGCCACCGGCACGGCCACCGGCACG